CCACAGAAUAACAAAACCCAAGAAUGAAUCAAAAAUGAAGAAAAAGAUUCAUAGAAGAAGAAACUAAACAAAGAGCAAUUCGAUUUCACUUCACAACGUUCAUUCACUAAUCUGAUUCCAAAGUUAAUGAAUUGGAAAAAAACCCUACUAAUAGUAUUUUGAAUAUUCAGAAAGGGGUUAAUUUGAAUGUGAAGAAUUUGAAUUUGAAUAUGAAGAAUUUGAAUGUGAAUGAGAGUGUUGGUGAUGGAAAUUGGUAUACUUCAAUUCUUCAUCAAAUUUCAGUAUAUGGUGUUGCUGCUGGUUACUGUUUAUCUGCAUCAUUGCUGUCAAUUAUCAACAAAUGGGCUGUCAUGAAAUUCCCUUACCCGGGAGCGCUUACCGCUUUGCAGUAUUUCACGAGUGCCGCCGGGGUUUUAAUCUGUGGUUGGCUCAAGCUUGCCGAGCACGACAAACUUGAUUUGAUUACCAUGUGGCGGUUUUUACCUGCCGCCGUGAUUUUUUAUCUGUCACUUUUUACCAACAGUGAGUUGCUUUUACAUGCUAAUGUGGACACUUUUAUUGUGUUCCGAUCGGCUGUUCCAAUUUUUGUUGCGGUAGGGGAGUCGUUGUUUUUGCAUCGGCCGUGGCCGUCUUUGAAGACAUGGGCAUCUUUGGGUACGAUCUUUGCAGGAAGCGUGCUUUAUGUUGCGACUGAUUAUCAGUUUUCAUUUGCGGCUUAUAUGUGGGCGGUGGCUUAUUUGGUUAGUAUGACUAUAGAUUUUGUUUACAUAAAGCAUGUGGUUAUGACGAUCGAAUUGAACACUUGGGGUCUUGUGUUGUACAAUAACAUCGAGGCUCUUCUACUUUUUCCGUUGGAAUUGUUUAUUAUGGGUGAGUUGAAGAAGAUACAGCAUGAGAUUACUGAUGAGUCUGAUUGGCACUCGUUCCCGGUGGUAUUGCCUGUGGCGUUGUCGUGCUUGUUCGGUCUUGCGAUCUCUUUCUUUGGAUUUUCGUGCCGCAGGGCUAUUUCUGCAACUGGAUUUACUGUUCUUGGUAUAGUGAACAAGUUGUUGACAGUUAUGAUUAAUUUGGUGAUAUGGGACAAGCACUCUACGUGGGUCGGUACAGUUGGACUUUUGGUUUGCAUGCUAGGUGGGGUUAUGUAUCAGCAAUCGACAAGUAAACCGAAAGAUGCAAAACAGGUACCUGCAGAAGAAAACGACGAGGAGCAACUGAAAUUGCUUGAAAUGCAAGCGAGUUCUGAGAACAACUCUAGUGGUAUUGAAGUUAACAAAUCAAGGGAGGGAAAUUGAAAUAUUUUUUAUGUAGCAAAAUUUCCAUACUUCCUUUAAAGUGUAUGUUUCACAGGUAUCCAAUUUUAAAUUAUAUUAUCAUUUUUUCAGCCCAGUUGAUCCAUCAUUCUUUUACCAAUGGUAUCUCCAUGAAUGUCAAGCUCAAUCGGAUUCCAGUAUGCAGCGAUUUUUUUACUUUACAGUGGCUGUUAUGUUACAAGUAAAAAUAAAAUAAAAACUAAGUAUUUGAUAGACAGAAUGAUUCUCAA